GAGGCUCCCGCUCCCCACACUGACAUAUUUGGGAAAGGCGACAGCCAUCCGAAAGACCGUGAGGACCCUGGGACCAGCCCGAGAACGAAAGAAGCGAGGAGUCGGGGGAGCCGUGAAUGUAGCUGGAUCAUCACAGUGACUUUCACUUCCAUGGUAGCCACGGGCCUCUGUUUCACGGGUUUUGUUCGCACGGUCCUCAUUCCCAUCAUGCUGUUAACUCCACACCACCUUAUGAUGCCUUUGCCUCAUAUGCCGUACCACCACAUGCACCGCCAUCCACGGGGAAACAAGAGGAUUCCGAAUGUACUCCUUCAGCCACGGAAUGGCAGGAUAUGGCACGAAGAAGCGGCACGGCCUCUCUAGCGUGCGCUUGGGUCACCACGGACAUGGCAAACCGCAUGAAACGCGGGGAAGGUUCCCUGAUCGUCCUGCAACAGACAAUUCGAAAAACGCGAUGGACGGGGCUCACGGCUACGAACGUCACCCGUACGGGAUGCUCCGUGGCGCGCACAACAGUUUUUCCUCUUCAAGACACAGUCGCAUGCCUAUGAUGCACUUCUCGCCUCCCAGUGACGAGGAUUUUCAAGAGUUUCACUCCUUCAUAUCGCAGAAGCCAUUGUUCGGGCAACAUGAGGGUCACCCUAAACCCCAGACAGAGGAAGGAAAGGCAGAGGAUCGUGGAGCCGGAUCGGAGAUCCCCCUACCCCGCCGACCUCAUCAGGUGCAAAAGAAGCACAGAGGUCCGAGAGACGAGGCCAAGACGCUGAAGAAGUCGAACAGGUAGAGCUAGAUGUCGAGACACCCGGAGCCGAUCUUGUCGUACCUCCUCCCCCCCCAUGUCGCAGAUAGGUUAAUGGAGCAAGAGGAUCCAGGUGCAGAGGCCGUUUCUGGAUCUGCCGAUGCGCCUGAGGCUCCCGUAAAAAUUCCGUAAACGGUAAAAGUCAACUUUAAAUUUCGAAAGGCCUUCGCGAAGCCGCCUCUGUUUGCAGUGUAUGCCGAACCGGACCCCCUGGUACGCAACUGAGAAAACAUUUCUGGGGUGCUUGCGAAGGCAUGACACAACUCUGUGAGUCUUCAGUCCCUCGGCAGUGCUGAUAAAAUGGUUUGAUGCUGGGUGUAUACACCUGAUUCUGGGAGACAGGAGCGCCUACUCCGCUGUCCGCGAAGCGGACACGGAGAAGGUCGGUGAUACCGUUCACCUUGGCUUGUUUUUGCGAUAGCAGAUUUGGGCGAACGUGGCAGUAGUUUCUAGGGGUAACCAUUGAGGGCUGGGGAUGAAGCCCUAUUUGAAAUGUUCGGCAGAGUGUGUUUCUGGAGGCAAGGGCAAAUGCCUUCGCCACUGUGCAAAGAUAUUGCGUUUCCAGUGCAGGAGCACAGGGGAAACGUUUCAUGCAGAUUAAUUUUGACUUUUUCCUCGAUCUAAUUCUGCGCCGUCUUGCGCGACGCCCGUCCACAUUUCACCCGCGCGUGCCCGGCAGACGUACCGAAGAACGUCAAGCUUGUGGUCUGCACGAAGCGUCGUGUUCCUUUUGAAUUUCACGACUAGAGACGGAAUGUUUCUCUUUCCCGUGAAAACACCCAAGCAGGAUUCGCCGUUUCGAAAACCCUUGUGAAGCUCCAUGUUGCACCCCUCGUCAACUUUUUCGAGUCAGCAGUCCAUAGGGAACUAAACUGAACGACGCAGGUAGCCUGUGCUGCAGAUAACCGCGACGAAGUUCAAACCCGUGUGCCACCUUUGUUGUAACGGAUGUACACCACCACCCCACUGAACUGCUUAAGAUGGCCAGAGUGUCGGAUUUCGUUAUCCCACCGGUAUUCGUGUUACCUUGGAAGCUGCAGAAAAACAAAAACAAGCAGUUGCGUGCAAGCUGCACAAGUAUCAUGAAGUCUACUGUGGUAGUCUCUUUCGAUGGCAAACCGAGUGAGUGAGGUGUCGAGCGCAGAUGGGCACCACCACAGACAGAUGGUGUCGUAUUACAGAAUAAAGGAGUUUCACUCCCGUACAGCGGCUUUCUGGCUCAACUGUUCACUAAAGUGCAUUCAUGAGAUCGAAUUCAAAGUUGCCGCGGCUCUAUCCUUGGUUUUUUCAUCUCUAGAUUUCCGCUUUCAGCGACGUACGGCGUGGUGCUGGCCAUCUGACUAAUGAGCUUGAAUUUCAGGAAUCGAGAUACAGGUUCUAAUCCUUCAGGCGCAGUCUAUUAUUGCGUAACAGGCUUAGCAUGUAGGAGCAUACAACCUCCAGUAGCUGAUUGCUCGGUAGGCUCUGCCGAUACGCCGCCGAUAUUUCACACGGGCAACUGUCGGUGUCUCGUGUACACUCGAGGUCAACAGUUUCCCAGGCGAUUCACUUCAUCAUGAAGGGCAAAACGCCCGUGUCACAGCACAAAAGUCGUUGAGGAAGUGGCUGAAGAAUCUACAUCGACAUAUCGUUCCAUGCUGUCAACCCGCAUACAACGCAAGGAGGUUCGUGAUAAGAAUCCAAUCUGCACACACAAGCAAGUGUUGUGAGAAGUGCCCUGACCCUCCAGCGACAGCCUGCGAUGAUUAAAAGAAGUGAAUUCAGUGUAGCGUUUGAGCGUAAUGCAGCGUCUCUCCUUCGAAGCCGGGUACAGUCCUCGGAAGGCAUGGGUUCCCCUGACAGUUUCUCCAGAAACGUUGCAUGGCUGAAACUGGAAGUGAAACACUCCCAAAAUGCCAGAAAUGCUGCAAAUGGAUUCGACCAUCUCCCCCGCUCGCUGUUUCUUAUUAAUUCCUCUGUUGAUCGGAGAGAAGGGGUACUGUCGCAGUUGUAAUUGCUCCCAGUUUCUGAUCAUGAACGAAGGCAUCUUCUGGCAAGCCAUGAAAGAACUGAUUUCCAAACACAUCUAUGCUACUGUCUCGAGCGUUUCAAUUGCUUCCUGUGAACAGAGGGCGAAUUUGUUGCCUUCUUUCAUCUACUACACCAGUCACAGCAGGGAUUUCCUCCCUUUUCACACAAAAGCGUUUCCAGCAUGGUCCAGUUAGAUUGGUCAUGCGGUCUGGGGAAGCAAUACAUAUAACGGCAGUUGUUUUAACAGAAUUCCGGCAGACAGCCAACAAAAAUACCAUGAAGCGAUGCUUCAGUAUUGACUCCGAACAAGUUAGGUCUAAACGCGGGAAACCAAGACCGGUUCAGCUACUAAUGAAGGAAAGACCAACGAAAAAUGUUGUUAUCUAUCAUUCCUAGAGUCACUAAACGUAGAGAUCAACCACUCAGAGCUCCCACGCAGUCCGGUGGCACCCUGGCACCGCCAGACGCCAAUCUCGCGUACGUGAAAGUACAAAGAGUCAAGUACACAACAGCAUCAAAUGUAGAGACACCGGCGACUGCACUGCCCGGUUUGAAAGGAGAAGGACACAGUGACACUUCACAGUAAAUUCCUGUCGAGGUUAACCACACUGUGUCACACUUUCCGAGGCAUGAAAGAACUAUCUCGCAUUCACAAACGACGGUGAAGGUUUCCCCAAAAUCUGUGCAGACGACGCCGCAUUCCGCGGACAUUGUCAUCCAUCGUUUACAGCGAAGCAAGCUGAGUCGAGUACAGGUCAGGUGAGGAUCGAAGGAGUUUCACUCGACCUCAAUGUUGUAUUCCUCCUCUUCCCGCUCUACCAGUUCCUCUGCUUCUCGUAAUUCCCCGCUUGCCUUUCUGCAGAUGCUGGUCGUGUCGUUCCAGUGCUUUCUGUCGCCUUUGCCACGCAUUCCCUCGAGGAUAGAAAUUAAGGCUUUCUGCUUUCGUAUCAACAGCCGAAGUUGGUCUUUUGCGUUACGUAAAUCGUCCGUAAUACGCCAAAUUUCGUUCCUGACAUGCCACAUAUGCGGAAGCUGUAGCGCCUCUGGGCGGAGCUGUUUCUCCUUUUUGUAAGCAGAGUAUCGCACGGUGGCGGAGGUGGUCAGACGCCGAAAAGCAAGCACGCUUUCGUACAGGCGCUCCGACGUAGUUUUUACUUGAGCCACGACCUCCGCCCAGUCUUCGCCUGUCUCCGGCCACGGGUCAUUCCAGUAUGAGGGAGACCGAUAUAGGCCGUGUGCCACCGUGCUUGCCAAUGCGGCGAAACACGCCAGUAUCACCACAUGCCUUCCCAUUUUCAUGGUACAAAAAAGCGACCCCUGGACUACAGCUAAUCGCUGCUGACACGACAUCACCAGAGAGAAAUCUUCAGCGUGGCGAGAGUUCAAACGACACGGGCGAUCUUUAUUCAUACUUCCUCUUACGUGCGACCCCCAAGAAAGAAAUUUCUGCUAAAAGUACUGCAAUUGCAGUAGUUGUGCCUACUUUGGUGGCAACCCC